AUGCAACAUCAGAACUUUAAACGUAUGUUAAUGUUUGGGUUGAGAUCGCUAUCCGACUUUUGUAACCCUACAUCAAAAACGUACAAAGAGAAUGCAUUUGACGCGUUGGAGAGAGGUGCCGUGGAGUCCAUAAAGAACGCGGUAAUUAAUUACAAGGACGAUGAUGAUAUUCUUUUUUGCUCAAGUAGAAUACUCUUUGCCAUGUCGGAUUAUUGCUGCUCAGAGAAAGACACAGAUGCGUUACAGAAGUUAAUUGGAGAUGGUGGUUUGAACGCCGUAGUAGAAAUUAUCAAAACGGUUCCCUCAGAUCAGGAUACAUUAAAGAAUUGUCUGCUGUUUAUUCAGAACAUGAAUGACUCAAAUGUUCAAAUAGAGGGAGGAGAUCUCGGUGUUGCUUUACUAAAUGUGUUUACGUCAAGCUCAUAUAAUGUCAAAUUGGGGGAUAUAACCAUCUCAGCAUUGUCUGUUGCGGCUAAGUCUGCUUCAGGUUCACAGAUCUUAAAUGCAGAGGAAGCACACCAUAAAUUAAUAGACCACUGUCUAUCAUUGCAGGGGGUAAAUGAUGAUACGGCUAAAAUUGUUGAGGGCGUAUUUGACGUUAUUAAAAAUUUGUCUUCAAACGGUUAUGUGGUUCCAACUAUAAUUGAAAAAUCUGUUAUCAUUUUGGACAAAUUUAAGUCAUACCCAAGAAUUGUUUCCAAAGGAAGUGAUGCUAUGAAAUGUGCUGUUGGUCCAGAACAAUUAACUGAUUGUCUUAACAUUUUAAAGACAUCCGAGCAAGGAUCAAAGGAGCAGGACUCAGCACUAGAAUUACUCAGUUCUCUUUCGUAUAUAUCUUCCAUAACAGAUAAGGUAGUAGAAUCUGGAGGAAUCCCAGUGCUUGUAGAAUUAAUCAAUAGUGGAUUACAACAGUAUGAAAGUAAUCCUAAGAAAAUAUCUCGAUUAGUAGCUGGGGCGUCUAGAAUGUUGGGGAGGAUUUCAAAUAACCCCCCUCAUGCGGUCAUAGUGUAUGAGUAUGGAGGUAUUGCAACGCUUUGUACCGCGUUAUCCUACUUUCCUAAUGACGUCGAUUGCGCGAGUGCUGUGUGUAAUGCGCUAAUUCCGUUCGUGUCUCGAUCUAACUAUGUCGACGAGAUCAAUAGCUACUCAUUGUUCGCGUCCUUAUUCCCAAUAUUGUACGCGUCUUUGGAGUUCCUCGAGCUAGCCAAAGCGAGUAUGUCCUGCAUAGCCUCCGCUUCGAUGAUUAACGAGUUUCACGAACACAUGGUAAACAAUCAAGCCAUCGAAAUUUUGUCUACCUGUAUUCAGUAUCAUUUGACCGAAACGGAGUACCUCUCAAAUUGUUUUACGGCGUACUUUAGAUUAUCCGAUUAUAUAACGACGAUGGAACCUAUUAAUCAGUAUGGAGGAGUGACAGGAAUUGCCAAUGCGUUGUCCGCUGUGAGCAAUAACAGCACCAUAUCGGAAAUUGGGCUAAAAUUGAUAAACAAGAUGCUGACGGCUUCGGACGCCUUGAACUAUUUGAGUAAUCAGGAGGUAGUCGAUUCAGUAUUGACUGUUAUGCUGGAAAAUGAAACGAAAGAAGUGAUCAUUCAAGAGGGGACUAAAAUUAUGGAGAAGUUAGCCACGGAAAGUGACUGUCAAAGGCAUAUAUCCAAUCUGGAGUCCAUUAUAAAUUUGGCUCAGUCAAACCCGGAAGCUGCAUACAAAACGUUGGCCGCCAUUUCGGGACUUUCUCGAAUCCAAUCUUUAAGAAGUAUACUACAAUCGAAAGGAGCUGACAGUUCGAUAUAUAAUGGCAUGAAGGUAUGGAUUGAAUCCCCUCGGUUUAAUGAGCAACCUAAGUUAAUCAAAGCAGCGCUGAAGACAAUCAAGAUAUUGAAACUGAAUGAGGAAAAUACAAUUCACGAGGUAAUAGUAUCCAUAGUUGAUUUGAUGUGUCUUUCUCAAAUAAAGAGACUUGCGGAGAUGGAAGAACCAGAUGACAACAUUCUGAUUACGGCCGCGGAGGGUAUAAACCAUUUAACACAAAUUAAUAAGAUAAAUAACAAAGAAAUUGUAGAAUCUAGUUUAGAAAGCAUAUUCAAGUUGAUGAAGAAGUAUUCCGAAUCUCGUUUGACUCAGACGAAUCUACUGGCAGCGAUUGAUAACAUACUCCUCAGUAGCAAGGUAAUUGGAGUGGAUGUCUUGGUUAACAAGGGUUAUGUGAAGCAGAUUGUUACCUAUAUCCACAAGGUGCCUAUGUACGUGGAUGUGCAGAUAAUUGGAUUUAGCGUGUUGGGAAAUAUUGUAAAGAUUAGCCCAGAAUCGAUCGACGCGAUAAAGAAGGCCAAUACGUUAAUUCCACUUCAGAACUCACUACGGACUCACCCGAAGAAUGUUAAGCUGAAGACGACAUGUGCCCCACUCUUGGCCAUGCUAAUGCCGUUAGACUCGCUAACGAAAGAAAUUGAAGAUCUUCUAAAACUGUGCAAUGAGGCUAUGGGCGAAAAUGACCUCAUCAAAUUGCAUGAGUAUUUGAAUUCUUUGAACGAGUUGUUAUUGACGACGGAAGCGAGUAAGAUAGCUUCUCGUUGCAACGUGGGGGAGCAUCUUCACAAUAUGGUUCAGUGGCUGAAGAACAAUCCGACUAUUUACAACUCGACGGUAAAUAAGGACUACAGCAUUUUGGGACGAAGUUUGUAUGACGCGACGAUAGCUGAAAUUGGACAUGCCUGCACGAACAUAGCCCAGACAAGAAUUGGAUUAGUGCAUCUGACGAAAAGUGAUAUGAUUUCUGCACUCAUAGAAGGAUACAACCUUCUGGAAUUACCAGGAAAUGAGUACACGGAAGAGGCUGUUGCUAAUAUACUGGAAGCUCUAAGUCUGCUCCUGAAGCAUGACAUUACCAAUGCGGACGUAGCAUUUAACAAAGGCUUGGUUAACAAGCUGUGUGCAGGAAUUAACUACUUUUCCGAAUCGGACACCGUUAUUAAGAGCACGUUUGGAUGUUUAGCUUGCAUGUGCACAAGCGAAAAGCGCGUCAACCAGUUGAUUACUCACCCGGAAUAUGACAAGCUGAUAGGGCUGAUUGUAGACCUGAUAGGAAACUCGGACAAGUAUAAGAACUCUAGGGGAAAUGCUAUAAAGGCUUUGUACGAGCUUCUAAAAACGGAGGAUCAGCAGAUAAUCACACAUAUAGCUAGCACGACUCCAAUUGUGGACAAUCUGUUUAAGAUUAUGGGAGAGUACCAAGGAGAUUUGCCCAUCGUCCAGGACAGCACGAAAUGUCUGGGUAUCAUAGCAGACUACAUCAAUAUUGAGGAGAAGAUGAAGAUAGACCAAUAUUCAGCGAUAAAGAUAUUGCUAGAAACUUUGGCCAAAAAUAAGAAUGACGAAUUGACGGCCCAAGAGAUAUUGACCGUUUUGACCAAACUCUGCGAUAGUAAUGACAAGAUGAAGUUGAGAGAAUUGGGUGCGAUGGAUGUAAUUUCGGACGUUACGGUGAUACACAGUGAGAAUGACGAGAUUUCCCGCUUGGGGGGACUCCUAUUUUCGUACCUAGGAGCCGAUGAACAGGUGAAGAAAUUGAUGAAACUCAUAUUGAAUGUUAAAACUAGUGACAACGAUGCGGUACAGAAAGUAGACAAUCUCAGCAGUAAGUUAGAGAUGUUUUUGAGGGCCCCUCUGGAAAAUCCUUCAGACGCGUUGCAAUAUACGGAGGCAACACUGCAGCAGCUGAAUGGGUAUCUCAGUUCACAGUUGGAUAAUGCGUCUCUACAGGCGAACAUCGCCUUGGUUACGAAACGUUUGGUAGAUCGUGUGAAGCAUGAUCAUGAAGAUCAGCUGGGAGCUUGGGCAGUUGCCUCUUCAGGGGUGUUAAAUCAGUACACAGACAUGAUUUCGAACAAGGUUGGAUUAUCCAAUGCAAAAUUUGUCUCUCCUGUGUAUAGCGUCCUAGCAGGAUGUAUGCUGAAUCCGUAUACGAAGCAGUUGGUUGUAGAUAAAUUGGGGCCGAUACUUGACAACACAUACGAAGUUCUGGAGGAGUACAAAAGCAAGCCAUACGCUGUGCAGGGAAUAUAUGAGCUGCUCGAACAGGUGGCGAAGGAUGAAGAGGGUGCAAAGUUGCUGUACACGAAAUGGAAUGGUUCUAUGGGGAAUCUAAUAGACCAAACGCUAGCCAUCAUGAAUUUAAACAGAGCGAACGAUUGUGUCUUCCUGCCAGGUAUCAAACUAUUAGCUGCCAUUGCAGAGACUGCUAACGUUUCUGGGUAUGUAAAUGACAUGGACAAUGCACACAUUAUAGAGUCCUGCGGCAUGUUGCUAAAUUUGGGUUCUAGCAAAGAUAGGACAGUGGAAUUUAUCAAUUUAGUAGACACCAUGGUGGUGUCUAGCUUGAUAGACGAAAAGGUAGCCUCGGAUACGUUGAAUAAAAUUAGUUCCUUAUUAUCGGAGGAGAAUUUGUCCGAUUAUACAGAACAAGGUCGCAUCGAAAUUAUCAAGGCGUAUGCAAAUUUGUUGAGGGACGCUGCAGCUACUGGGUUAUUUACGCACAUUCGUCCGACAGAGAAGGCGGACGCCGUGAACAAUUUAGCUAGGCUGAUGGAAUAUGAACCAUGUGAAGAAGUGAAUGUAGCCAUUUUGGAAGCACUGAGUGAGAUAGCGUCGUGUGACCCGUCCAGCGCGCUGAAGAUAAUAAGCUCUGCUUUGCCUUCCAUUGUCCAGAGCAAUCGUGAGAAUUUGCUAAAUAAUAACGCGACGGCGGAAAGUUUUGUUCAGGCGUUAGAAAAAUUGGUCCUAAACGCAGGGAUAGGGCGACAAAUCGCUAACAAUGAGGAAAUGUACAAGUUGCUGGAAGAGCUGGAGAUCAGCUUAGAUAGGAACAAGGACGAAUUAGGAGAAGAAUACGUGAAUAACAUGAAAAUGAGGAUUUCCAAUGUGCGUCAAGCCAUAGAUGAUGAUAUUCCAAAGGAGAAGACGUGUAAAGAUGUAUACGACUUGUUGACCGAUUAUAAGGUAAAAUCGAUGGAGAUUAACGUUCUGCAGGAUACGUCUUUGCAAGAUGAUAUGAAUUAUGUACUGGAGAGAUUGAAGGUGUAUAAUAAGGACGACUUGUUACCCACGACCGAAGCGGGAACGGAUAAUGCGUACGGCUUUAUGGCAAUGGAGAUAUUCUGUGAGAGUAACGAUAAUGUGCAAGAGUUGGUGAAGAAAGGAUUUCAUACGAGUGCUUUUCAUUCGUUGAUUAAGCAAAGGAAUGAAAACGUGAAGCAUUACUCUUGUCGUGCUUUAUGCGCUUUUACCAAGGACAAAACUGGGCUGCAGCAUGUCAUUAAGGAGAUAAAGGACUAUGCAAAUGUGAUUAGCAAAUCGGUUGGCGAUCUCUGUAUGGAGAAAACCCUUGAAAAGGACGAUAAGGAAGACUUCCUCAUUAACCGUGUUUUGCUAAUAGAUAGGACAGCGCACAACAGAAAUGUGUAUGAUAAAACGAAUGCAGUGAGCCAUUUGAUAGAAGUAUGGAACCAGUAUGAUAAUGGAGAUUACUCCGUCUCGUUGCUUCGCCAUGUAUUCCGAGCUAUGAGGAAAAUUGUUUCCGAUGCGCAUGUGGACAUGCUACUCAAAGCAGAUGUGUUGGUACGGCUAACUGCCAUUAUUAACAAUGUCGAAACGGAGAAGGUUAUAUACCCAGAUGUGCUCUUCCUGAUAGGAAGUCUAUCCGUGGUGAAAGAGAUAAAGACGCAAAUCGGAGAAAUUAAUGGAAUCGAAGCAUGCGUUAAUCUGCUGCUGAGAUCGAUCAAUGUGGAGAAAAUGGAGCCUACUAUCACCAACUGCUGCUUAGCGCUAGCAAACAUGUGUAUAGACCAUAAGGCCAAUUCGAAUAUCUUCUGUUCACUGCAAGGUCCAGAUCUGAAUGUAAGAAUAUUGAGAGAGUAUCGCUCCAAUUUUGACGUAACGAAUGGUGCCUCCGUUCUGCUAUGUAACAUUCUGUUCCGAAACGAAGAUAUGAAGAUAACGUACGGAACGAAUGGGGCUCCGGCUGAGCUGGUGCAAUGUUUAAAAAGCUAUGAUGGAAGUGACAACAAGAAUGCAGUGAGGUGUAUCGAGAGUUUAUUCAAGGCCAUUUCGAACUUGUCCUUAUAUACGGCAAAUGUGAGAUAUUUCCUAGACGCACAGAUCGAAAUUUCGUACGAGUCUUGGCUGAACAAGCUAAAUGAGUCUUUCCCAGAUGCUGAGUUGGAAACAGGUUUGCGUACCUUAUCCAAUUUGGUUAUGGAAAAUGAAGAAAGGAACAUGAAGAAUUUUGGGGUGACAUUAAUUCCCGUUUUAAAUGUUCUUCGACAGAAUAGAGAAAACACCAAAGUGAUCUUUUUCCUGCUGGACAUUCUGUGCUCUCUUUGUAGGUACCAUGAGAAUGCCCAAAUAUUUUCCUCCAAUGGGGGAAUAGAAGCGAUCAUAAAUGCGAUUCAGUUAUACGAUUAUGAUCUCAAUCUGUUAACUUUGGCGAUUCAUCUGCUGAGUAAUCAAUGCAAAAUUAAGUCUAGCCUACCGUUGUUGGUGAAGUCGGACACGUUUACCAUUUUAAUUACUUGCAUUGAAGCCGAGACUGAAGAACAUGAUAUGACUGAAUUGGUGGUAUCGUCGCUGAGAUGUAUUAGGCGUUUAAUCCAGUCGGAAGAGUUAGCCUAUGAGUUUUGCAACUGUGGUGGUGUUCCCUCUAUAGCCAAUUUGAUAUGCAAAUCGGUGAAGAAAUCCAUCGUCAUGUUGGAAGCGUUGCGUGUAUUCCUUUGCAUUCUUUACUACACACAAAAUGUUGAAGGGGUUACGAAUGAAUACCCAGAGGAGGAGGAAGAAUUGCAUAAUUCCAAGUUGGGUGGCUGGUAUAAUAUCAGUAUGGACAAAGAGAUGAUCGAUACGAUUAUCCAGUCUGUGUUGACUUGUGCAAAUGAUGCCAAUCAUCAGAAACAGCUCAGGUUGCAGAAGGUGUCCCUAGGACUUUUGGCCUACUUUGCCUACCAUAGAUUGGGAAUCAUAUCGAUGACUGCAUCUGGCUUUGAUAGCUUGACGCAGGAAAAUUUAAGUAACUUUGGGGGGGACACUGUAAUAAUGCAACUGUUAGCCAUAUGUAUUGACAACAUCGCGAUGUACUCAGCUGAGGUGUAUGACACAACUGUGUCUAGAGAAAUUAUAAAAGGGUUCAAGGCGUCCGUUUCAACGAUGAGUAACAAAAAGGAGGACAGGCAGAUCGUGCAGAAAGUUCAGCUCACCUUAGACGCAAUGAACUCUUCGGAGGAUCCUCUCGAUGCAUUCAAAGACACGCUUCUCAUUUUCGAUUUCAACUUAUCCGAGUUUGACAAAGAUCCAUACGUCAAUGGGGUCCAUGAUCUGCCCUCAAAUGUAAAAGACGCAUUACGUAAGGGAGGAGUGAACAAGAUAUAUCACAACAGCGAUAAGAGGGAGCCAUUCAAGUGGAAGGCCAGUCAAGAUCUCGGCACGUUAGAAUGGACCAUCGGGGAUAACGCGGAUCACAUAUUUAAAAUUUCAGUCAUACGUAUUAAGAACAUAUCCAAAGGGUUAGUGCACCCGUUGCUGAAGGUGGCUAACAAGAGGGAGCCUAGAAAGGUCAAUGCGAAGGUAACGUUGUGUAUUUAUGGGCCGCCCACGGAGGACUUCCCCGAGGGGAUCGAGUUGCCUAUUAAAACCAAGACGCAGAAGGAGCGCGACGCCUUCGUGGAUUUACUCGUCCUCUGGCGUGACGCGGCUAGCUACAACUAUUAG